AUGCCGACUUUGCGAAGCGGUAGGUAUACCCGGGCCGUUUCAUUAGAUACCUUGGCCCCAGGAACACUAGGACCUGUGCACAUCGGAGGUUCGUCGGUGGAAGUCGCCGAGCCUGCCUUCGGGAAUCCGGGAGUGGACGCCGAACCAGCGACGUGCGCUGACGAGUACGGCGUGGUACAAGUCCAAGACCACGACGGAUCUUCAGGAGACUUGACGCCUCCCCAGCAACAUCCGCACGGCAGUCGCGAAAUUCAAGUCCCGCUCCCAAAUCGGUCAGCUCUAAAGAGAUCCAAUUUGGAGAUUGGGCCGUCAGCAGGUGGGCCCUCCUCUAAGCGUGCACCCACGACUCUCGCGGUUCAUCCCAAUGUCCUGGACGAAGACGCACUUAUCGUGGAGUUCGCGCGCCACUAUGCCAAGAAACUCACCAGAAAUGACUUUUGUGCUCUUCUUCUCAACCAAAUUGUCCUCCAGUCAGUCGGAAUACCCGGCUUAAAAAAGUUACCGCCACUGAGUGAUUUAAUCGCACAACAUCCGGAGUUGGGGGAUGGGUUAGAGGAAGCAUGGAAGGCUCAAUCGUUCAAGAAGAUACGAAACUCGGUUACAGAAAUUCUUCUUCCAACAGUCCAGCCUGCGGGUCCUCCCGACCCUGAAGCGAUACUUGAUUCUCAAUCAUCUGAAGAUGCGACAGUCAAGUCGUGGUCUUCCGAAUACAGAGGAGACGCUGCCAACAUUCUUUACCAGUACAUGAUGAGACAAAAUAUCGCUGAUACAUAUGCUCGCCUCUUACCAAUCGUACAGUCCUCUGGCAUGGGGAAAUCGCGAAUGGUCGACGAGUUCUCCAAGAAGCACUUUGUAGUCCCCGUCGGGGAGCUGAAGGUGAUAUUCUCUUCCCGAUAUCCGGCUCCUGACCAUGAUGUCUUGAAUUGGUUCACAAGGAUUAACCUUAAAGAGCAUGAAAGCGAUACUCGUUUCAGCGCAUUUCUCACUGCAUUGUUCGAGAGGCUCUCAUCGGCCGAGAAGUCAGCGGCAUUAAUGCGCUAUCCUAAAUCCCUUGCGGGGCAGUUUCGACUUUUUAUGACAGUUGGACAGCGGUUUGGACAGCAAGCUCCUCUACGUGUGCAGUUUUACGAAGAAGUAUUGGUCAGAGCGGAGGAGGCAAGUCUCUGUUUUGUGUCGCCGCUAGGUCACUCACAAUCGAGGCAGCUCUAUUCAAGUAAUAGGCCGAUGACUCCUUCAAAACAGAAAACACCGCCCGGGAGAUUCACGACAAAAACAAAUGGCACGGAUGUUGAACUUGCUACUGUCGUCCGACAAGUGUUAGAGAAGAUCAACCCUCGUUUCAAGCUCAAAGCGCAGCAUACUCCCAUAUUGACUUUGGCAUUUGAUGAAGCCCACACCUUGGUGCCUUCAAAUACUGGUAGAGGGUGGUCCGCAUUCUCAUCGAUGAGACGCGCUUUGCGGGGUUUACGGUUGUUCCCUAUCUGGACCCUCUUCUUAUCCACAACAGGGAAAUCUGACCAAUUCUCCCUGCCACCUUUCCUUGAUCCAUCGAGCCGCAUUAUCCAAGGUGAACUUUCCAGUGUCAAACCGUUCAGCGCUCUAGGUUUCGAUCGCAUGGCAAUGAAGUUUCGUGAGGGCAUGACUCUGAAUGAUGUCACUAAGUUACCGUACAGGUUAUCAUUGGGUUGUCCCUUGUACAUUCUCCCAGAUCUUUCUUCACUAUAA